AGUUAUCCGCGUCACUCUCGCGAUAUUGACUGGUUUGUAGUCGUCCCGACUAGCGGCUCGCUCGUACGGCAGGAAGCCAGACGGGAUUAUCGUGCAGACGGCGACAGGCUGCCGUUGAUAUUUCUGGCAGCACUUCAUCUCCAGCAACCGGACCGCGGUAACAUUUCCAUCGAGACCGACGCGAGCAGAGAGGUACCUUUACAUGGCAGCUGACUGCUCGGCCCGCCUCCCCUCUCCCGGCACCGUGCAGCUGCAGCGUCCAUCAUCUCAGUGUUCAAACUAACGGGAUGACGGAGAGAACCGAGCCUCCUCACGCACCGGCACGGUGAGGCGACGUUCAAGUGCAGCAGGAAUUCUCAUACCGCCGACCUGGAGGUUUGAGGAGACUUCACCUCAGAGCAGGGUGAGGCACAGAGAAGCAGAGCUGGAGCAAGUGCGGGCUCUUGCUCAGGGACAUGUAACCAGAUGAAGGUGGAGGAGUGCUGGGCUCUGUCUUUAAAAUGAGCUGAAUAAGAGGACACUGAACUAAUGAGGAUCGUGGCUCACUAAAGUAUAAAUAUAGAUCAUAUUUUUCUGUUUGUGUAGUACCCUAAGAUCUACUGCAGCCUAGAAAGCAGCAGAUUUAGUUUAAAACAUAAGAUCUAAACCACAGGACCAUUCUGACACCAUGAUGGUUGGAGCCACCGUCACCUCGUGCCUCAGGACUACUGCAGUCUAACAGACGUACGGAUCAACUGGAGCGUGGUGGUCCAACAGCACCAUGGACCACCACUACCUUUGUGAUCCCGAGGAGGGUCACGGCAGCCCAGAUGAGCCGCCGCUCCACAGCAUCCACGCACCCAACCGGAUCCGCCCAUCCUCAUACCGAGCCCUGAGGAGCGCCGUGUCCAGUCUGGCCCGCAUUGACGACUUCUUCUGUGAGAAGAUCGGUUCAGGCUUCUUCUCCGAGGUCUUCAAGGUGCAGCAUCGGAUCACAGGGCAGGUGAUGGCGCUGAAAAUGAACACACUGGCCAGCAACAAAGCUAACAUGCUACGAGAAGUGCAGCUCAUGAACAGGCUUUGCCACCCCAACAUACUCAGGUUUCUUGGGGUUUGUGUGCAUGAAGGUCAACUCCACGCUCUGACUGAGUAUAUCAACGGAGGUAACCUGGAGCAGUUGUUGGACAGUGAUCUGUACCUGUCGUGGGGUGUGAGGAUCCGUCUGUCUCUGGACAUCGCCCGAGGGCUGCAGUACCUGCACAGCAAGGGCAUAUUUCACAGAGACCUCACCUCCAAAAACUGUCUGGUGCGCUGUGAUAGCGGUGUGUUCACUGCUGUCGUGGGGGACUUUGGCCUGGCAGAGAAGAUCCCUGAUUACAGUGAUGGUGUGCUAAAGCAGCCUCUGGCCAUUGUGGGCUCCCCCUACUGGAUGGCACCUGAAGUUCUGAGAGGAGAGCUGUACAAUGAGAAGGUGGACGUCUUCGCAUACGGCAUCAUCCUGUGUGAGAUCAUCGCCCGCAUUGAAGCUGAUCCUGACUUCUUACCCAGGACAGAGGACUUUGGUCUGGACGUGGAUGCUUUUGAGAACAUGGUUGGAGAUUGUCCACCUGCAUUCUUCAGCCUUGCUGUCACCUGCUGUAAUAUGACUGCAGAGAGGCGUCCUUCAUUCUCUGACAUCGUCUUUACAUUGGAGGGUAUGGAGGUAGAAGAAGAGGGCGUGAAGCCCAUUGCACUUGAGCCAGUGGCGGUAGAUGUCAGCCCUUACCGGCGCUGUAGCUCUCCAUGUCACCUCAGUGACCACAGCCAGCAAUGGCAAGGCUUGGCGAGGAGCCAGUCGGACAUGUUGCGUCCAUCGAUCCUGACCCCUCCUCUCCUCUGGACUCCCGCACGAGUCAACCCCUUCUCUCUCAGACAGGACUUGAACGGAGGGCGGUGUAAACUCUUAGACACGCCCAGCAAGUCCGUUAUCUCCCUGACCUUCACCCUGCCGGCUCUUCGCGACCUGUGUGCCUCCCCGCACCUUCUCAGAGGGACGCCGGAGACCCGAGCAAUGCCAAGGAGAUGUCAGUCGCUCCCCUGUACCCCAGAGCUCAGCCGGACUGUAGCCUUGUUAAGAGACAUAGAGGGGAAGGAGGAGGAAAAGGAUGAGGACCUGAGGAUCUUGGCAAAUAAAGGAAGCAGAGGGGACUGUAUGGAGGACAAGGGUGUGUUAGAAAAGGUGGACAAAAUGUUGCAAGUCAAGCAUAUGGAGGUUAGUGAGAAGAGGGAGCUGUUAAAGGAGGAGAAUGUGAUGGGAGAUGAUUCAGGUCUUCCUGUCAAACUGGAGAUGGUGUCUCUGGAGUGUUUAGAGGAAGAGGAGGAGGAAGUGGAGGAUGAGAGGGUCUGUCUAACAGAACCAAUGGACUGCACCAAGUCUCCAGAACCAGCAGAGGGAAUCUUGGACUCAACAUCUGAAAGACCCAUGCUCACCUCUACUUCCUCCUCCACUUUACAGACCAAUGGCUGGCGACUUCCUAUUUCUAAUGGACCGCCAUCCUUGCCUCCUCUGCCACGACUAGACAACAACAACCGGUCAGCCCUUGUGAUUGGUCAGCCAGUCCAGUGGGGUGGACAAGGCCGGGCUAAUGGAUACAGUGGAGCCCAGGUCCUGUCCUCUGAUCCUAGUGGCCCCUCUGAUCAGGAGGAUGUCAUUUCCUGUCCGGGAUGCUGUCUGGUGGGUCUGCGCUUCCCCUCAUUGUGCCUCCGUGGUUCAGCUGCUGUGCCGGCCCCCCGCCGAAGGGCUUCAUUACCACGGCAGCGGCCCUACCGCAACCUCAACGGUCCCAUAACUGGUGGCAGUGCUUCCUCAUCAACAACGGCUGCCACAACAAGCAAAGCUCUGCUGUGUCACAACACAAACGGGCUCGUAGUGGCCAGGCCCUCAGUGCCAUGUGAGCCCGGCCGAUCCCUCCCGGAGGCCCAGACAUAAGCCGGAUCCGAUGUGGUUUUGAAUUUGUGACAUGCACUAGAUGUUAGUGGAUAAUACUGAGAGCCCAGUGCUGACUCCAACAUCUGAGAUAUGUUAUUAAUUCUGGAAAAUCAUAGCAAACAGUAGCAGUUGGUGAUUAGAGUGCCACCCAGUGGACUAGGGAGGAAACCCACCAAAUCACUGCAACAGUGAGGAAUGUGGUGGGUGGAUUGAAACAGUCAGGGUCAGUCAUACAUUACCGCCACUGGCAUGGUGCUGAUCCAAACAGAGCAGCUAAUCCCACUAACAGCGAUGCACGCUUCGUCUCUACUGAACCAAAUCUGAACUCAACUCAUCGGUGCUGGCUUCAGCUCUGGUGGCCUCAAGGAAAAACAGUGCGUGGCUGAUUUAAUAAGCUGAGUAUACUUGCAGUUUAUUACAACUCCUCACAACCAUCUCUAUCUUUAAUGGUCAUAAUGUACUCAUCACUCUGUGAACACAGUAACAAAGUUUAAAACCAGUUUAGUGAUGGCGGACAGUAAAAUAAUGCCAAACUGAACUGUGCUGCUUCAGUUCUGACUUUGUUCUGCAUGGCAGGCCUGACACUGCACGACGCCUCAGCACAGAUUUAUGUGGAGCCAACACAAAGUGAUGGCUGUGAAUGGGGUUUGCUAACACUGUUUUUGACUCUUUGAUUGAAUAGCAGCUACAUGGGGAAUAUUUAUACGAUUCAUUUUGAUGGUUUCUCUGUGUGUGUGUGUGUGUGUGUGUGUGUGUGUGUGUGUGUGUGUGCGCGCGCUCGUUUUUGUUACUUCUUAGGGACCUUUUAACAGAAUAAACAGGCCAGAUGUCCUCAUGGGGACCAAAGGCCAGUCCUAAUGAGCCUAAGUUUUGGUUUUGAGGGUAAGCUGUCUAUAAUGAAUGGAAGUCAAUGUCCUAACAGUGGUGUGUGUCUUUGUGUGUGAGAGUGAGAGAGGGUUUGCAAUUUAAAUUCUUUAUUUUUGCACUUCAGUUCGGCGCACUUUGCAGUAAGACACCAGGAUUUACUAGAUGGUGCUUGAUUUAAAUGUGUUACUGUUGUUUUCUGUGUGUGUGCGUGUGUAUAAGCUUCUGGCCCAGAGUUUUACCCCCCCCCCCCUCACAUGUAUCUUGUGUAUUUACAUAUACAUUUUUUUGACACUGUUGUAACUUAAAAAGUGACACGGGAAGCAGGUAUGAAUAUUUAUUGUACAGAUCAUUCCACACACUGUGUGUGUACAGUAUGUGCUUUUCAGCGAAAGGUAGAGUGAUACUCACAGAAUAACUUUGAUCCCGUAAUGUUAGAUCAUGGUUCUUGUCAUUUCUUUUUUUUGUCUAUGUACAGCCAUAAGCCUGUGUGCAAUAAUCUGGUAAUAAAACAAAAUGGUUAUGUAA